UUGCCGCGAGCUUGUUCCGGUAUGAGAGCAGGAUCGUGCGCAUAGACUGCAGCUCCUCGCCUUUUCUCCCCCCUCGUCGCCCGCGACUCGCACCUCCCGACGAGAAAAGCCCACCGUGCCGAUAAUGGAUUUUACAACUUGAUGAUUCCUCCUUCGGUCGGCCGGACGGAAUAAACAGUCGGUGUAGCGACAGGACGGACUGCUAUAUUGCCACACUGCAGUGCAGCACUGGUGAACGACCUUAUUCCAAUCACGCAACACAAGGGAGAGCGCCGGUGAUUUCCGUGGAUUUUGAGUUUCGUGGGCUGCUCUGUGGCAGUCGCCGCCGCUGCGGGCGCUGGGGGAAUAAGCUAACUAGCUAGCUCUGCCUCGAAAGAAACGCCGAAUUUAGCUAGCUACAUGGGCUAAUGUCGGGCAGCUAGCGCAACAAAUUAAUUCGCGUUUCUCACCUGCCAUGUGACCGUUUUACGAGGUGCUGCUUGUAUUUUUUCGGAUACUCAACCCGCGGAUAUCUCGCUGGGAAUAUCUUGAAUUGUUUUGCGUGAGUUGGGAAGGUCGAGACCUCGCCGGGAAUAACUUUGGCCCUGAAAGUUUGUGGACCCCGGACCUGUUUUCAGCCCCGAAAGGAAACAUCUCUGUCCCCCAAAAAAGAGAAAGACAGACGACGACAUUACGUUAUGAAAACGACGCUGGAUUAACGUUUGUUGUAGAUUUCGGCGACAGUCGGAGCUUCCUCGGACGUUAGUUAGCAGCCUCGCAGGUUAGCAUGUUAGCUGCCUAAUUGAACCUUGUCUUCUCCAAUACAACCAACUUUUCUUCAAGCUAGCACAAGUAGCUAGCUGGCCAAAACGUCACUGUUAGCUCGGGUCCAGUCUCCGUGCUCUCCACUCACCGUCGACGCCGAUAGAUGCUAAUUGAGAACUGAAUGUUUUCAGAACCAACCUGAAGAAAACCUCGGCUUUUCCUGUUUUCUGCUUGUUGACAAACAUGGGACGUGCGGUCGCCGCUAGCUAGUUUCCAGCUAGCUGGCUAACUCGGCUAGCCGCUGAUGUGGGAUUCAACUUGUUGAUUCACGGGUUAUCUGUCACGCUGCUAGCUGGCUAGCACUGGACAUCUGUUGGAAAUCUCCCCCUGCCAUCAGCUGCACGAGUUUUAAAUGCACAAGAGACACUGACGAGUCGUGCUUGUUUCACAGUUCCUUUUCCCUUUUUUUGGCAACUCACAACUCUUUGAAAAAUGUCAACAAGGAUCCCACUGGUGCAAGUCAUUGAAAAUUCGGCCGGGCAGGAGUCCAAGUCUGGCCGCUCCAGCAUGCCGCGAUGUCGGAACUCCGUCGCCACGACCACAUCAGACGAGCAGCCGCACAUUGGUAACUAUCGGUUAUUGAAAACCAUCGGCAAAGGCAACUUCGCCAAGGUCAAACUGGCACGACAUGUCCUCACUGGAAAAGAGGUGGCUGUAAAGAUCAUAGAUAAGACACAGCUCAACUCCUCCAGUUUGCAGAAGCUCUUUCGGGAGGUGAGGAUCAUGAAGAUGUUGAAUCAUCCCAACAUAGUCAAGCUCUUUGAGGUGAUAGAGACAGAGAAGACUUUGUACCUGGUAAUGGAGUACGCCAGUGGAGGAGAGGUCUUUGAUUACUUGGUGGCCCAUGGCAGGAUGAAGGAGAAAGAAGCCCGUGCCAAAUUCAGACAGAUUGUGUCAGCAGUGCAGUAUUGCCAUCAGAAGUGUAUAGUACACAGAGACCUCAAGGCAGAGAACCUGCUGCUGGACGCAGACAUGAACAUCAAGAUAGCAGACUUUGGCUUCAGUAAUGAGUUUACUCUGGGGAACAAGCUGGACACUUUCUGCGGCUCCCCGCCCUAUGCAGCCCCAGAGCUCUUCCAGGGCAAGAAGUACGAUGGGCCGGAGGUGGACGUCUGGAGCCUGGGAGUGAUCCUGUACACACUGGUCAGCGGCUCGCUGCCCUUCGACGGACAAAACCUCAAGGAGCUGAGAGAGCGCGUGCUGCGUGGUAAAUACAGGAUUCCUUUCUAUAUGUCCACCGACUGUGAGAACUUGCUCAAAAAGUUCCUCAUCCUGAACCCUUCCAAAAGAGGCAGCCUUGAGCAGCAGAUAAUGAGGGACCGGUGGAUGAAUGUGGGCUACGAGGAGGACGAACUCAAACCCUACAUUGAACCUCAGCCAGAUUAUAAGGACCCCAGGAGGACAGACAUCAUGCUGCAGAUGGGAUUCUCUCAGGAGGAGAUCCAGGACUCGCUGGUGAACCAGAAGUAUAAUGAUGUGAUGGCUACAUACCUGCUUCUGGACUAUAGGAACUCUGAGCUGGAUGAAGGUUGCAUCAAGCCCCGACCAGGAAGUGAUGUAAGCAACAUAAAUGCCCCCUCCCCGUCUCACAAGGUACAGCGCAGUGUGUCGUCCAACCCGAAGCCUCAGAAUCGCAGAGCCGACCAGGGCUCCUCCUACUCCAAGAGGGGAGGCCAAGCAGACAACCGGUCUGCAGCAGAGGACUCUGGGAGGAAGAGUUCAUCAGGCAGCUCCACUACCAAGGUGCCGGCCAGCCCUCUGGUCUCCUCAGACCGCAAGAAGAGUGCCACGCCCUCCACCAAUAGCAUCCUGUCCACCGGUACAGGUCGCAGUCGGAACUCUCCUCUGACUGAGCGAGCCACGCUGGGCCAGGGCAUCCAGAACGGCAAGGACAGCCUAAACAUCGCGGGCUCCCGCGCCUCCACUGCCUCGGCCGCUGCCGUCCUCUCCUCCUCCUCCUCCUCCUCGCGUCCCCGCCACCACAAGUCCCUGUCCUCCUCCAAUCAUCCAUGCCCCUCUGACCUGCACACACCACGGUCCAGUGCCCCGCCACAGCGGGCACCUGGUGCCUCCCCUUCUGCCCACAACAUCAGCACCGCCGCUGUGUCGGACCGUGCCAACUUCAAGAGAGGGGAGGGCAUCCGCAACACUUUCCACGCAGGCCAGCAGCGGGGCGCCCGGGACCAGCAGGGCUCCGCCUACGUCGGCGGGCCUGCUUCCCCAUCACUGUCACAUGGCAACAGCCAGGCCCGGAGGACACACGGCGCCACGGGGAUUUUCAGCAAGUUCACAUCCAAGUUUGUACGCAAAAAUCUCUCGUUCAGGUUUCCGAGAAGGAGUCCGUAUGAGGGAGAGGGUCGGGAUGAGGGGAGCAGGUCUGUGCUGAGCAGUACAGUGGACAAGUCGGAGAAGACGUCUGGCGGCGUCCUGUCCUCCUCUUCCAACAACGACGAGAACAACUCCUCACCAGGAUCUGGAAACACCGGUGGCACCGGCACUCCUCCCGCCAUCGCCAGCCAGAAGGACUCGGCCAAGCCGCGCUCUCUGCGCUUCACCUGGUCCAUGAAGACCACGUCGUCCAUGGAGCCCAUGGAGAUGAUGCGCGAGAUCCGCAAGGUGCUCGACUCCAACAGCUGCGAGUACGAGCUGCGCGAGCGCUACAUGCUGCUGUGCGUGUCGGGAAACCCGGCGCGCGACGACUUUGUCCAGUGGGAGAUGGAGGUCUGCAAGCUGCCGCGGCUCUCCCUCAACGGCGUGCGCUUCAAGCGGAUCUCGGGCACAUCCAUCGCCUUCAAGAACAUUGCCUCAAAGAUCGCCAACGAGCUCAAACUGUGAGUGCGGAGGAGCAGCGAGAAGAGGGUGGAGGGUUGGAGGUGGGGGGGAGACGAGGAGGAUGAUGCUGUAGGUGGAGGUCAGGAGGUAAGCUAAAGGGUGGGAUCACUUUAAACAACAUGAUUGUUCUGUAGACACAGGUCUGAAGUAGGGCUACCGGUUCUCUGAGGCUAGAAAACGUUCCUUUUCUAGAAGUUUUGUUCCACACGUUGGUGCAGCCCUGCCGUUAGAGACUCUGAUUUCCUCUGAGUUGUGAAGAAGUACUUACAGACCGAGGUCUUCUCUCUGCCCCGCCGGGGGGUUUUCUGUCAUGUUCUACUUAGACGUUCCACUCUUCUGCAUGUCCGAUCUUCUCUCUGUUUUUUAGGAGUCACACUUCGAUCACUUUGACCACUCCUGUCAUUUCUUCCUGCUAUUUAUUCAGUUUCUCUGCACGGUCCUGCUGCCAGCUCUUUGUUUUUGUUUGUUGUUUCAGCGGGUGGGGGUUGGAUGGAGCGAGCAGAGGAAUGCUGAGAAACAAAACUCUUCUCUGAUUGAUGGAAAGUUCAGGUUGUGAACGUGGAGCCUGGUCUUGCUGGCAGUGAGUUUUGAUUGAGUUUGUUCUGAUUGUGUAAACCUGAACGGACUUCAGUCACACACAUUUGCACGGCUGAGGACGGACUGCUGCUGUCGUCGUCGGUUAAAGGACCUUCUCCACCUUCUGCCUGCUCACCUAAACGAACAUUCAGAACCCGCCUCACCCAUCCUCCCUCCUGCCCUCACAGACCUCCCUCUCUUCCCUAAUUUCAGACUGAACUCAGCACAAACACAUCCAGCUUUUCACUCCUUUUUUUUUUUUUUUUUUAAAAAUCCUCUCACACCAUCAAGUCUGAGGAGGCCAGUUAGAUUUCAAUCCUGCGGGCUUUACAAUGUUUUAUUUUUAAUUCUUCUUUUAUGGCUUUUAAAAAGAGUUGUGCACUGGAAAAAGAGGGGCAUAUUUGAACCCGGGGAGGAGGUGAGGAUGGAUUUUACGUUGCCUUUCUUUGAAGAAUUAAAUCUGAGGGUUCUUGUCAAGCGCAUGAAUGCUCAAAUUUUAUUUUAUUUAGUUUUUUUUAAUGUUGGUAUCACUCGGUUGGCAUCGCGCCUUCAUAUCCAGAAUGUCAACCCAGAAACCGACGCAUUUCUCACCCCAAAGAGCAAAACAAAAAGUUAAGAAGUCCGUCAUGUGAGUGUGUAAAAGAAGAUCACUGGAAAAACAACAAAAAACCCAACAAAAAUCAACGACGACGACGAAUGGUGAAUUAUUUUCUUCUACUUUUGAUUUGAUAAUAUAUUUUUGUGUCGUUGGAAAAAAAUUUUUUUUUGGGGGGGGGGGUUGUACAGGUUUUCAGGAGAGAAGAGCGGAGUAGGGAGAGGUGUGAAGGGUCACAUCGGAUCAUAUCAUUGCUGCCUUUUCGGUGUCGUGCACCUUUUUAACACACAUUUAACUUCCACGCCAGAUUGAACCUUCCCCUCCGAGCGCCGGAUAUCGAUGUAUUUAAUGUUCAAGGUGGCGGCGAUGACUACUGCUCAUUUUUCGGUCCUUUUUAUUUCCUCCUCCUCCCGUCUGUCAUUUUUAUUUUCUUUUUUAUUCACUUUUUAAAGGCCUUGUCGGUCCAGGAUGGCUUGAAGCGGGGAGAAAAAAAGCAGAAGUCACUUCCUUUUCUUUCUCUCGCGUCGCGUUUGAUGCUCCAGAUUUGUCGAUGUAACAAACGAGGGUGGGAGGAAACAAAAAAAAAAGGCUGGUUGUACCUAAAUUAACACUUUUCUUUCAUUCUAUCACAAUGACACACUGUCGUUUUUUUUCCUCAGUUUUUAAUACGUCAGAAUUUUUCUUUUAAAAAGUUGAUCAUUUUAUUAAGGUGCUGGGUAUUGGAUUCUAAUUAUUAUUCUGGCUGUUGCUGUUAUAUUAUCUCUUUCAGGGUUGAUUUUAUUUUACAUUAUUUCGUUUUACAUUGCUGUAAUUUACAUUGAUUUUAAAUGUGUUUUGAGCAAACUGUAACUGUAGUGGUGGGUUUUUUGGGGUUGGGAGGGGUGAUCAACUCCUGAAAAAUGUAUUAUUUGUUUGUUUUUUUUGUGCAAAGACAAAAUGAUGAAAAAUUACAAUGAUAGUAAUAAAAACAAUGAUAUAAUGAUA